AUGAUCUAUCUGUGUAGCGCUCGGCAGAAAUAUCUCCGAGGGAAAAUAACACGCGAAACGAACGGACAAGAAGCUGGCUGGAUGGCAGAGCCAGACAAGGUCGAGGGGCAAUCCCGUUACCGAACCCCUCCGGUAGAACACACGUCAGACGGCUAUCUGACUGAUACACCUCGUGCAAGGGAAUUUAUGCUCUCCCCUCUGCUUGCAGGUUGUACAAGCCCAAAAGUUGAGCGCCGCACGUGCGGGUCAUCUCUCUAUGAAGAUCCUACCGCGCGAAUGAUACGCUGUCAUAAUCAAGGCGGGUGGUUACUGCAAGUCAUGCAGAAAGGCGCGCGACGUAUGCACGUCAUUGAGAAUGAUUGGGCAAUGACUGUCGCGCUUUAUAUCCCUGAGAGCGAGUACGCACUUUGGGAUAGGAAGCGUACAUAUCCACACUCGGCCCGUAAUGCACGGUGCAAGCACGAGGUCCUGAACACUUGGAGCACCUUCAAAGAUCAUCGAGUCAUACGUACCUUAGAGAAAAUAAAAAUAUCUCUGGAAGAUUAUGUACUCUUGUCGACCAGCACUACGGUGGUAGUGCUGGCACAUUACGAGUCGGCGGCUUUCUGA